GCCACUAUCGAUAAAAAGACCCAUCAGUCUUGCACGGCAUUCAUUUGCGAACAGAAGUGUUGAGCACAAUUUUAUCGAGUUAAGUUAAACUUGCAUAAUUCUCUUUCACAUAUUUGUCUUUUAAAAAAAUCGAAUCGAUAAAAUGCGCCUAUUAAGCGUGACCAGUGCAAUUUUGGCAUUCAUCAUUUUAGUGACUGAAGCUAAACUUGCUCCAACCAUUCGAUUAAAUAAUGGCUAUGAAAUGCCUGUAAUUGGUUUAGGUACAUUUGAGUCAACAUCUGGCGAUGCCGAACGUGCGGUGAAAGAUGCUAUUGAUGCCGGAUAUCGGCACAUCGAUACAGCAUUCUUGUAUGGAAAUGAAGUUGAAGUCGGAAAUGCAAUACGAUCAAAAAUUGAAGACGGUGUUAUCAAACGUGAAGAUAUUUUCGUUACGACCAAGUUGUGGAGCACUUUCCAUGAACCGGACCAAGUAGAAAAGGCGUUCCAACGUUCUUUUGAUAAUUUAAAUUUGGAUUACAUUGAUUUAUAUUUGAUGCACUACCCAGUUGCAUAUCGUCGUGUUUUACAAAAUAUUCGUUUACCAUCAGAUGAUGUAAACGCAUUCUAUGUAUUUCCCGUUGAUAAAAAUGGUAAUACAUUAACUGAAGACGUGGAUUAUGUGGAUACAUGGCGUGCAAUGGAAAAAUUGAUCGAAACUGGUCAAGUACGCAGCAUCGGUAUAAGCAAUUUCAAUAGUGAACAAACCGAGCGUAUUUUAUCGAUGGCAACUAUAAAACCGGUGACAAAUCAAGUCGAAUGCCAUCCAAAUCUCAAUCAACGUAAAUUGAUCAAUUUCAAUGCAGCACGUAAUAUGACAAUUACCGCAUAUUCACCACUUGGCCGUCCACAUACUCCAAACGGACAAAAAUUAGCAUUAUCGGAACCAAAAGUUUUGGAAUUGGCACAAAAAUAUCGCAAAACACCAGCCCAAAUAAUUUUACGUUACACGGUUCAAAACGGUGCAAUUGUUAUUCCAAAAUCAACAAAUAAGAAUCGCAUACAAGAAAACUUUAACAUUUUCGAUUUUGAAUUGAGCGAUAGUGACAUGCAAAUCAUGCACGGGCUUAAUAAUAAUUAUCGUCUAAUUGACUUUGCCACCGAUAAAGACAAUAAAUACUAUCCGUUCAACAUAGAAUUUUAGGUAUAUAUAGAUAUUUAAAUGAAUAAAUAUUGCACAUUUUAUCGCAUCGCCAAGCGUUCUCCGUCAGAGUGAGCGUAUUUUUCAAACUAUAGGGUUAUUUGUCUGUGUUGUUGUUGUUGUUGUUUUUUUUUUCAUCUGCAACAAACUUAAUUCUUCCACACACGUACACGUCAAAUUAAGACUAUGGCAUUUUUUUCGGAAUUGGUUGAAAUGCACAUGUGUAUUAAUGUUGGAACAGGUUUGAUUUCUUCAUCACAACACAUACAUUGAACGAUUUAUUUUUAAAGUUAAGUAAUUUUUUGUCUUUAAUCAAUAAACCACUUUUUUUCUAAACAUUUUACUUUCUACGCCAA